AUGUUUAACUUUAAAGUUCUCUCUUUUCGAGCUAAUAUUAGUAGUGAAGAACUUUAUCAUAUUGUUCUUCCUGACGUUCGUCGUUGCCGCUACGGCGAUUGGCCGUCGUUGGUUCAACCAGCUCACCGUCAAGAAGAUACUGCUCGACGUCAUCGUUCUACUGUAUUUCUCACCGCGACCAUACAAGAACAUGCAGAUCUGGCACAACUUGGUCGUGGCGAUAAUGAUCGGUGGCAGUAUCGUUGUGGUCGGACUGAUUGUUCAUCCGUACUUGGCGACAAGGCUAUUCUCGAGGAAGAUCAUCAAGACGCUCAAUAG